AUGGCAACCACUCCCAAACUCACCGAUCGCAAGCUCAAGCUCAAGCCCAAGCCCACAACCACACCGGCACAUCGCCCGACUUACAAUCACGCCGGGCCCAUAAUAAUCAUCAUCAUCCUCCACGCCCUGCUCAUCGCUGCCAUCGUCUUAGCUGCGCUGAGCGCCCACGACGUUGCGCUUAACUCUCAGCGACUGGUCAAAAACACCGAGACCAACGUUGGCAGAGGUUCAGCAGGGGUGAAGUACAGUACGCACACGUUUACUCUGGAUGUGGUGCUGCAGCGUCUAGAUAGGGAGAUGGGGAUUCGGAAGGGGGAGAACACGACGGAGAGAGUUGCGCGGAGAAUUCGGUUUUUGAAGGAGAGGUUGGAGAGACGGAGAGUUGCAAGGGAGAGGGAGGCGGGGGGUGGAGCUCGGGUUAUUCAAGGUUGA